CAGCGAAGAACCGCGCGAGCCAGACGGUACGACCUGUUACCCCCACAUCAUUUCAUCCUCGCGCAGGAAUGGCAGCUGGCUGCAGCGUGCACGCUCAAGGGGGAGGAUAUUCGGCGUCGUUGUCUGGAUGGCCAUGUGAACGGCGAGUCACCCCUACCGCUGUGAUUUCUACCAGCGGUUGCUGGCGUCUUCUCUUCUCGGCGCUCUUGCUGGCCGUAGGGACAGGUGACGCCCAAAACGACGACCAAUCCUAUGCUGAAGAUGGCACGGAACGAGGGCCCAACUCCAAGGUCGCCAAGGAGGCUGAGAUGUACAUGCCGCUUGCCCUAGGAGGGUUGAUAGUCCUGGUCGUGAUCUGCUUCUGCUGUUAUAAGCUUUGCGCAGCGCGCUCCAGGGUCCACGGGGAGGAGGCAAACAUCGAUGACGUCGAGGCACGAUUCCAGGCGGCCGAGGACGAGAAGAGGGCAGCCAUCGCGGGAGGGGGCGGGCAGCGAGGAAACGAUUCACGAAAGCUUCGGUCACACGGCAGGGACGCAACGCCUUCCGCAGGCGGCCGGGAAGACGGCUCACAUCCGGCAAGGGGGCAGGCGGCGGCAAUCGCCUGGGAAAAAACGCCGUCCGACUGGACUGUGGCAACUAGCAUGGGCUCCUCCUCCCGUGACGACCUCUCCAGUAGCCAGGGUGGCCAGGUACCCAGCGUCGCCAGUGCCGGCUCAAGUAUUGCAGGAGGCAGUCACCGGACUGCCAAGAAACAGCAGCGACGGCCUUCCUCCAAGUCGCCGAGAACCAGCACCAAGCCUUCUUCAGAUGGAGGCACCACCUCUGCUUCUCCCAGGAGGGUUGAAAGGGUGGUGGAAGGGGUAACGCAUGUGGCCGGCACAAAGAGAGAAGUGGGCAGCCGCGAGGUGCUGGGGAAGGGUCGGAGCAGCGAAGCUAGUCGCAUUGCGAGGCGGAGGGACUUUCAGGAGGAAGGCCCUGAAGAACACUUAAGUAGGACCUGCACCAACAGCAACAGAGGAGGUAAUGGCAGCACCAACAGCAAGCCAUAGGCGGGGAGGUAGCAGCGAAGGAUCAGGGUUCAAGGGAACAAAUGUUUGUGCGAGUGGGAGGAAAUCAUGGGAGGAAAGCACGUUGGCUGAAGCAGCUCACUGCGGGAGAGUGCUCCACCUUUGUCAAAGCCCUUACGACUGCCAGGGAACCGCGCCGCUCUAAGUACAGGGCAGGCGCAGAUACGUAAAGUGCAAGGAGAGCAGAAUAUCGAGCGCAUCGGUUUAGCGACUAGUGCCCAAUCUUCGAGAAAUUGUGUGUGGAGUAGCCGGCCCUGGUCACCUGUAGACUUUACAUGCCUUGACCAUCGUUUUCAGAGCGGUUCUAGAGGGCCUGCACGUUGUGACGACUCCUUAAGUUGAGCGUCUGCAUUUUUCCAGGGUCACUUGGCGGUGAAGCCAGCCCAGUUUAUUUACCCGUAGACUUUAGCCCUUGCCCAUCGUUUCCAGAGGCGGUUUUCUGUUCCGCAGGCCUUCCAUUUUGUGAUAGCUUCCAUUGUCGAGCGUCUAAAUUUGCGCAGGGCCAGAGUCCACCCGUGGUGACCCCUCGCACUGCUGUACUCUUAUGCUGUACUUUGCGCGCAUUUCGUGACAUACGGACAUGCUGGCGGGAAAUGUAGACUACGUGUUUGCUUUUCUUGUUUGUAUUUCUUUCGGUUUGGGGAAUAGUUGUACGAGCCCCGAGCUCCUUUGUCAGUGUUGUCUGCAACGGCAAGCGAAUCCCACGUAGACUCUAGCGCUUUGGCGUGUUGCUGGACGUCCGUUAUAUGCUGUUCUCGUGUGAUACAAUCGCGUGGGUUUUCUCGUGAACUCAGGUGCAAACUAGUCUAGCCCCGGAGGAUUUUUGCCGUAUCCCUUUGUAUCGUGCAUUUCUAUCUUUUAUGCACCCGUGUUUUAUAGCUCAGCUGAGUGUGAUGUCACUCGGCGUUCUUGAAGUGCUGAGUCUGGACAAUUGAUGGGUACUCCUUUCGCCUGAUUGAGAAGAUGAAAAACAAACCCUGACGUACAUGUCCUCUCGGUGAGCCUCAGCAGGAUUUUUUACUUACGGGAAGGGUGUGUCUUGAGCCUUGGGAUAACUCUGUAGUUCUAUUCGUAAGUUUCGUUGUCAUUUGUUCUCAGUGUUGCUUGCGAACCCGCGUGUUGUUGUGGGUUGGUCCAUUUCCCGUUCGUGGGUCGCAAUGUGUUCCCCCGCAAGUCGUACAAUUGUGUCUGGUGAACCUCCGCAUGUAGUCCCUUCGUCUCUUCAUUUCAUAUCUUUAUCUUCCUCCUGCUGUUGCCUUUGUUGGAUGUUGUUCCGCCUAUUGACGAAUGUGGUGUGCGACCCCUGCCAGUCUGGCUGAUGCCCUUUCCGUAUGAAGUCCCGAGCGGACAAGAACGCCUAAAUAUUCUUGCUACUUGUGUUUGACCGCGGCUUGGAGUUCCUAGCUGGCCAGUGUGCUUCGAGCGCUGAUUAUAUGUAAUGAAAAUGAAGAAAAAACUGCUGUACUUGGAUGAGCACGGUGUUCAACUACUGUAGCGAUUGCAAGGGUCUUCAGAGUGAGCAAAGCGGAGGGUGCGCUUGUCUGGACAUGACCGACAUGAGGUUGAACCGAGACGUCGCGCAGAGCUUCGCGACGACACAUGCGCGCAGCAGAUCCAACCCUGGCGUUUCGAUGGAAAGCGGUGUGGUCGUCGGGAGUCCCGAGGGAGGAGGGACAUAGUAUUGUCUUGAUUUUGCGUGUCAUGUCUGACCC